CCUCCCGCCGCCGCCGUUCCCAUUCCCAUCACGUCCUCCGCCGGCCCCCGCCGCGCUCGCUCCGCGCUCCGCGAUGGCCAGCACCUUCGCCCGCGCUCUCUCCGCCCGCCGCUCCGCCGGGCUUCUGGCCAUGGUGGGCGCCGGCUCGCUCGCCGCCGGCUUUCUGCUCGCCCGGGACACGGUCAGCGCCGGUGAGCGGCAGCGGCGCCGCUACCCGCCCAGUGCUGAGUACCCCGACCUGCGGAAACACAACAACUGCAUGGCCAGCAACCUGACACCAGCCAUCUACGCGAGGCUCUGCGACAAAGCCACCCCCAACGGCUGGACCUUGGACCAGUGCAUCCAGACCGGCGUGGACAACCCAGGCCACCCAUUCAUCAAGACGGUCGGCAUGGUGGCUGGUGAUGAGGAGACAUACGAGGUGUUUGCAGAGCUGUUUGACCCCGUGAUCCAGGAGCGGCACAACGGGUACAACCCCCGCACCAUGAAGCACGUCACGGACCUGGACGCCUCCAAGAUUAAGUUUGGCCACUUCGAUGAACGCUAUGUGCUCUCGUCCCGGGUCCGGACCGGGCGCAGCAUCCGUGGGCUGAGCCUUCCACCUGCCUGCACCCGCGCCGAGCGAAGGGAGGUGGAGAAGGUGACGGUGGAGGCUCUGAAUGGCCUCACAGGGGACCUGUCAGGCCGCUACUACCGUCUCAGCGAGAUGACAGAGAAGGAGCAGCAGCAGCUCAUUGAUGACCACUUCCUCUUUGACAAGCCGGUGUCUCCGCUCCUGACGGCAGCAGGAAUGGCCCGGGACUGGCCCGACGCCCGAGGCAUCUGGCACAACAACGAGAAGACCUUCCUGAUCUGGAUCAAUGAGGAGGACCACACGCGUGUCAUCUCCAUGGAGAAGGGUGGUAACAUGAAGCGCGUCUUUGAGCGGUUCUGCCGGGGCCUGAAGGAGGUGGAGCGACUAAUCCAAGAGCGAGGCUGGGAGUUCAUGUGGAAUGAGAGGCUAGGCUACAUCCUGACCUGCCCCUCCAACCUGGGCACUGGGCUGCGGGCGGGUGUCCACAUCAAGCUGCCACUGCUCAGCAAGGACAGCCGCUUCCCCAAGAUCCUGGAGAACCUGCGGCUACAGAAGCGUGGGACAGGCGGUGUGGACACAGCGGCCACCGGCAAUGUGUUUGACAUCUCCAACCUGGACCGGCUGGGGAAGUCAGAGGUGGAACUGGUGCAGCUGGUGAUAGACGGCGUGAACUACCUGAUCGACUGUGAGCGGCGGCUGGAAAAGGGUCAGGACAUUCGCAUCCCAUCCCCAGUGCCACAGUUCCGGCACUGAGCCACACCGAGGCAGCACCAGCCCUGCAGAACCCAGCUUCCCCAUAGCUUAUAACAUCACUGUGCCCAGCAUGUCCCUGCACUGUUACGCACAGAGCCAGGCCAGACCCCAUAAACAUGUGCUGCUGUAGCCCUGGCUCUCUC